AUGGCUACAAAAAGGGUCAAACACCGAAGGCGGUCUCACCAGCGUGGCAUGCACAACGGUGGCGACAUCUUGGAUGACUGCACCUCUGACUCUGACAGCGGCGAGUCCCCCUCGACCCCGAAGCAUGCCAACAUGCAACAACCCCCACAGCUUCAGAGCAAUGAUGCCCUGAACCAUCCAAGUAACGACCCUGGUUCCGAAAGACAGCAGUACCUCGCUCGCCUCAACGAGAGGAACGACAGGAACUUCCAAAAUAAGGCAGCCAAGCUGGAAGGAGCCCGCGCUUCUUCAGGCUGCUGA